AUGUGUGCUCCAGAAGAAUCCAUGAAGACCACAGAAAUCAAGAAGAAGGCAGACCUCUACUUGAGUUGCGAUGAACCAACUCUCGAAUUCGCACAAACACUCAAGCAGGAAGUGGAAUCUCGCUGCAAUCUUACGGUUGCUUUGGACAACGACGAUUCUUGGGAAGACGCCGAAGACAGCGACGUUCUAGAAAACAUGCAGAAGGCCAAGCUCAUGAUCGUUGUCACUACAGGCCAUUCCAACAUUACAGCCUGGGUAAUGGACUACUCACCAGAAAUUACCACUAAGACUACUCAACAAGCAAUUGCGGAACGGUUCAAUUUUCAAAGAUGCUGCAAACCACCUGCCAUUGACUUUUCCAGGUCGCACAAGGAAGGAUUGAACGAGUUCAUGGAUCUCCUGAGGCGAACCACUGGAUGGAGACGAUUCACUAAACCAAGCUCGAACAAGCUGUGGAACUCAAUUGCCAAUGCUAUCUUUAUCUAG